GGAGACCUACAAGUCUGGUAAACAGACUUGGAGAGGGAAGACAUACAUGAAGCCCUUACAAGGAUUUUAAAGGGGGGUGAUUAUUGGUGGUGCUCUGAGAUUAGCCUGUAGGGUAUUUGACAGGGCUCGGAGGUUGGGCAAUGGGGGUUGCGGGAGACAUUGCAGGGGUUGAGGUGGUUAGGCUUAGGGGUGUGAAAGCUUUUGAGCUGAAAGGUGUAGGCUGGGGAAUUGUUUGUCAGUAAACUCACUAUGUGACUGGAGGAACACAGACCAGACACACCGGAGAAUCUACCCGAUGGAUUUAAUAGGGAAACCCUUCUCUGAAGUUGUUCUCAGAGACUGCUGAGAAAUAGACGUCACACAUUAACCCUCUUCCUCUCUCACACACACACCUCGGUGGGAGAGAAGAGUGGCCAGAAAGAGCAUGGAAGCACUGAGAGAGUCAAUUCUGCAUUUGACUUUUCAGAUGUCCUCAUACAGGAGAGCCACUUUAGAUGAGGAGGAGCUGGUGGACUCCACUGGUGAUGAGAUCUACCCAUCAUCGCCCAUGCAGGUCACUCAUCGGAAUGGUCAUGGCCUUAUAUGUUGGACAGAGAGGACACACAGAGAGAAGAGGCUGCUGGUUUUAGUUUGUGCCCUGUCUGUGGGCUUGUUCAUCUCUCUCAUUACUACCGGAGUCUUCUACAAACAAUCUCACCCUGGCUUGUGCCUUACAGAGCCAUGCAUAACUGUGGCCAGCGCAGUUAUGAGCUCCCUAGACCGAUCUGUAGACCCCUGCCAGGAUUUCUACAACUUCUCCUGCGGGGGCUGGGUGAAAAACAACCCCCUGCCAGAGGGAAAAUCACGCUGGGGUCCUUUUAGUAACCUGUGGGAGCAUAACAUGCUCAUCAUGAAGCAUUUAUUAGAAAACACGACGAUGAAAGGACUCAGUGAAGCAGAGGAAAAAGCUCAGCGAUAUUACCAGGCCUGCAUGAAUGAGGCUAAGAUCGAGGCGUUGGGGGCUCAGCCAUUACAGGAGCUCAUCAAUCAGACAGGCGGAUGGGCCCUAACAGGGCCCUGGGACAAGAACAACUUCCAAGAAGUCCUACGUAUUGUGUCUGCCCGCUACCGCACCUCGCCAUUCUUCACUGUAUUUGUCAGCACCGACUCCAAAAACUCCAACAGUAACAUCAUCCAGGUUGAUCAGUCCAGCCUCGGUCUCCCCUCACGGGAUUACUACCUCAACAAAACAGCAAACCAGAAGUAUCUGACGGCAUACCUCGAUUUCCUGGUGGAGUUGGGGGUCCUCCUGGGGGGCUCAGAGGAGACAUCUCGCUCUCUGAUGCAGGAGAUUGUGGACUUUGAAACAACCCUGGCCAACAUCACAGUUCCCCAAGAGGAGAGGCGGGAUGAGGAGCUCAUUUACCAUAAGGUUCAGGCUAAAGAGCUAACAACACUGGCUCCUGCUGUAGACUGGAUGCCUUACCUUAAUGAGGUGUUUGCUCCCGUGCCCCUCAAUGAAUCAGAGCCGGUGGUCGUUUAUGCCAAGGAAUAUCUCCAGAAAGUCUCUGAUCUCAUUACCAACACCAAUAAAAGCCUGCUCAACAACUACAUGAUAAUGAAGGUGGUGAGGAAAAUGGUGUCCAUUUUGGACCAGAGGUUUCAGGAUUGUGAGCAGCGCUUUCUUGAAGUCAUGUAUGGAACCAAGAAGAGUUGUACCCCGCGCUGGAAGUUAUGCGUCAGUGACACGGACAGCGCCCUGGGCUUUGCUCUUGGUGCGUUGUUUGUCAAAGCCACCUUUGCCGAGGACAGUAAGGCCAUUGCUGAAGAUAUGGUCUCAGAAAUAAAACAGGCAUUUGAGGACAGUCUUAAGUACUUGACCUGGAUGGACCCAGAAACCAAAAGAGCAGCAAAAGAGAAGGCAGACGCAAUCUACAACAUGGUUGGAUACCCACAGUUCAUCAUGAAUUCCUCAAAGCUUGACAAAGUGUUCAAUGAUUUUGAGGUGGUGUCCGACCUUUAUUUCCAAAAUGUCAUGCAGUACUACAACUUCUCAGCCAGAGUGACUGCAGACCAGCUGAGGAAAAUUCCCAACAGAAACCAGUGGAGUAUGACCCCACCAACUGUUAAUGCAUAUUAUAACCCCACCAAGAAUGAGAUGGUUUUGCCAGCUGGAAUUCUCCAAGCUCCAUUCUACAGCCAUUCCUGGCCUAAAGCUCUUAAUUUCGGGGGUAUUGGUGUGGUCAUGGGACAUGAGCUAACCCAUGCUUUUGAUGACCAAGGCAGGGAAUAUGACAAGGAUGGGAAUCUGCGCUCCUGGUGGAAGAACUCCUCUGUGGAGGCCUUUAAGAAACAGACUCAGUGUAUGGUGGAGCAAUACAGCAACUACAGCAUCAACCAGGAGCCCCUGAACGGGAAACACACCUUGGGAGAGAACAUUGCAGACAAUGGUGGACUCAGAGCUGCCUACAAGGCUUACGUGAACUGGAUAAAAAAAAACGGUGAGGAGGCCACACUGCCUGCACUGGGGAUGACUAAUCAUCAGUUGUUCUUCGUUGGAUUUGCCCAGGUAUGGUGCGCUGUCAGGACCCCUGAGAGCUCACAUGAGGGCUUAAUCACAGAUCCUCACAGUCCAUCGAGGUUCCGAGUCAUUGGCACCAUCUCCAACUCACAUGAAUUCUCAAAGCACUUUGGCUGCAAAGCAAAUGCUGCCAUGAACCCCAAACACAAAUGUGAGCUUUGGUGAUGCGUCACCGCACAGAAUGCUGCUUAACCAGGGAGUGAUGAAAUGGACCUUGGAGAGAACAGAGCAAAAAAACAACAUGCCGAUGACAAAGUCUCCCCAAAUGGAGAAUGCAAGUCUGUAAACCACUGAAAAAAACUGAAAAAAAGAAAACCCAUCUGCCUUACCAGUUAAUGCUUCUCAGGUUAUCUGUGCAAAGUGUGCCAACCUCGUGUGGAGGAUGAGCAGGCUUUGACUUCUUCUGCAAAAACUGAUGGUUUUACCAAACAGUUUUACCCCACUUACUGAGCUCUAAAAUGCAUUUUUGUGAGGGUCUAUUUUAACACUGGAAAUGAAUGGUUGUAAAAUGGGAAAACCACUUUCUUUCAAAUUUUUUAAAACUGACUGCUUUGUCACAAAAAUGUGUUUUCUACUCCUCAACAUGCUACCUUAUUUAUCUAUGUUCACAAUUUUUACAAGACAUUGAAUAGGAGGACCUGCUAGAUUUGCAGCUGAAAUAAAUGAAAAUUUAGACCAAAGAUUGAAAUGUUCAAAGCCAUGUGAUGACAAGUUUAUACUUGCCAACUUCUGCACCACUGAAGAAAAGAACCAACGUUUUGUGGAAUGUGACUUAACCUAGCUUUCUCUACAUUUAUCAAGGAAUGCUGUAUUGAUAUGGAACUUGUUUCAAAGGAUAUACAGAUAUUUAAUGUGUGAGAAAUAACACAGGUGGAAAUGCUAUGUCGCAUUGUCAAAUUACUGCCAUUUUAUUCCCCUAAAGGGAGAGUGAGUGAAGUUUUUAACUCACGAAGUGUGGAUCAUUGUUAUUUUUUAAUCAUACAUGUUCCAAUUUAAAUCCAAUACUUUGUCAUGUAAGCUAUGAUGGUUUAGUUCCUUUUGUUGCCAAUAAGACUUGGUCAUGUAUUAUUUUGUAUAGUAAAAUGUCCACCCUUCCCUAUU